GAAGCGGCGCGCGAGGGAGGCGGGGCCGCGGCGAGCCGGGUCCCGGUGCGGGUCCGGCGGGGUGCCCGCUCCGCUCCGGCGAGGCGCGGCGGCAGGAUGACACGAUGGACGCGGGCGGCGGCCCCCUGCUCCCCGACAGCGUCCUCUUCGAGAUCUUCCUGUACCUGGACCACGCCGACGUGCUCUCGGUGGGGCUCGUGUGCCAGCAGUGGCGCGCCGUGGCCCGCGACGAGUUCCUGUGGAAGGAGCUCUUCUACCGCUACUACCGCGUCUCCCGCGAGGUGCCCCGGCACCCAGCUGCUGUCUCCUGGUAUGACGAGUUCCAGAGGCUCUACGACACCAUCCCUUGCAUUGAAGUGCAGGCUCUGAAGGAGCACAAUGACCAGGUUUUGCACCUCAGCUUCUCCCACUCUGGCUGUCUGUUUGCCUCGUGCUCCAAAGACUGUACUGUUAAGAUCUGGAGCAAUGAGCUGGACAUCUCCCUGCAGCACAGCUCCAACAUGAGGCCAUACAAUUGGAGCUACACACAGUUCUCCCAGUUCAACUCUGAUGACUCCCUCCUUCUGGUAUCAGGUGUCUUUGUGGGGCCUCACAACUCCUCGUCCGGAGAGAUUGCUGUAAUCAGCAUGGAGAACUUCACUCUGCUUUCCAGGGUGAGGAAUAAACCCUAUGAUGUGUUUGGCUGUUGGCUGAAUGAAACCAACUUGAUAUCUGGCAAUCUGCAUCGGAUUGGGCGUAUAACCUCCUGUUCUGUGCUCUGGCUGAACAACGCUUUCCAGGGCGUAGAGUCUGAGAAUGUGAAUGUAGUGAAGAGACUGUUCAAAAUCCAGAAUCUGAAUGCCAGCACUAUCCGGACCGUGAUGGUGGCUGACUGCAGCCGGUACGAUUCCCCAGACCUGCUCCUGGACUAUGAGGAGCAGCUGGCUGCCUCCUCCACCUCCACCUGCCCAGUCUUUGAUCUUGGCAGUGACAGUGAAGAAGAGGAGGCCAAGCCCAAGCAGACUCCAGAGCCAGCCGUACAGGAAUUGCCAGAUGACGGGGGUGUGACAGCAGAGGACGGGCUACAGCAGUUCUUUGAUGAUAUCAUGGAGGGUCGUGUGAGGCCUGCCAUGACUGAGACCGAGCUGGAGACCAAGGUGGCUGAGCUGUUCAUACGCAACAGAACUAAAUCACCUGAGGUGAACCUGCUCCCCACAGAGAGCAACAGCAAGACAAAAUACUUAAUCUUCACCACAGGAUGCCUCACUUAUUCUCCACAUCAGAUAGGGAUUAAAAGAAUCUUGCCGCAUCAGAUGACGACUGCUGGGCCAGUGCUUGGGGAGGAGAGGCGCUCGGAUGAGUUCUUUGACUCACUGGAUCACGUCAUUGACAUCCAUGGGCACAUCAUUGGCAUGGGCCUCUCCCCUGACCACAGAUACCUGUAUGUGAACAGCCGUGCCUGGCCUCGGGACUGCGUCAUCUCUGACCCAAUGCAGCCACCGCCCAUCGCUGAGGAGAUCGAUCUUCACGUGUUUGACCUGAAGACAAUGAAGGAAGUGAAAAGAGCCCUCCGUGCACAUCGGGCCUACACCCCCAAUGAGGAGUGCUUCUUCAUCUUCCUGGAUGUCAGCAGAGACUUUGUGGCAAGUGGAGCAGAAGAUCGCCACGGCUACAUCUGGGACCGGCACUACAACAUCUGCCUGGCCAAACUGCAGCACGACAAUGUGGUCAACUCAGUGGCCUUCAGCCCAGUGGAGCAGGAGCUGCUCCUGACAGCCAGUGAUGACACAACCAUCAAGGUGUGGCGCUCCCCUCGCACGGUGCGAAUCCAGCAGGCCAGGAAGCCCAGGCCCAGGAAACUGCUCUUCUCCUGGCUCAUGAACCAGAAAAGCUGAAUCCAGGUUCACCUGCUCCUGCAGCUUCCUCACUGCAGCCACCUCUGGAGCUUGCAGAGCUUUGAGCCCUGCACAACAGAGACGAGCUCUGGGCACACCAAUCCCAUCAGCUGAGUCAGGAGGGACGCCAGUAGUGGGAACUGCUUCCUCCUCAGAGCAUCUGAUUCAAAGACAGAACGUAAGAGCUGAGGACCUGUUCCUGGGCAUGGUGGGCAGCAGCCUGAGCUGGUCACUGCAGGGUAGCCUCCCCACAGCUUAUCACAAACGCUGCUACUUGGUCACAGCUCUCUCUGGGUGAGCUUUGGCAUCUGAGAACAGACUGAGGCAUGUUUCGGGGAUUUCUGCUGUGUGGGCCUGGGACGUGGCUGACCUCAGUGAGAGCUACUGGCUGCAGAGCACUUGGCAAAAACAGCGGUACAGUGCUGUGCUGCCUUACUGCAGGACUCUUUUAAUAUACUAGUUUUAUUAAUGUUUGUUUGUCCCAAACCUCUGUGGGUAACUCGUCUGGCUGCUGGGUGUGCCGAGUGCCUCCCCCCACACAGUGUUAGGGCCAUGGAGGGCAGCAAGGGCUGAAAAGGUGAUGGCAGCAGGGGAGGCAGCGCUGGCGCAGGGCUGGAGGGGCCUGGCUGGUGUCUGUGGCGUUUGGUGCUGCCCUGCCAGUGCAUUUGGUUAGCAACCAACUGGUGGUACCACCCGUUUCCAAAUCUGAGAGUGGGGGGAGCUGGUGGUAACACGGUGCUGGCUUUGCCCUCAUCUUCCUCUGCUCCAUAGCAGUUAAAUAAGCUAUGGCAUUGGUAACACGUUCAUUCCAGAGGAUCUGCUGACCCUUCCCGAGGGGGCAGCUGUGAGGAUGGCUGAUGUCACUUGGCUGUCUCAUGGUCACUUCCCUCCUAUGCUACUCAAACUGGCACUUUAGAUUCUCUUGGUAUGUUCUCUGCGAAUAGGUGUAGGCACCCACAGGUGAAUGGGUGGAGGCACGGCCCUCUUGCCCGAAGUGACAUUUGAAUAAGCUUCCUUCCACCUGGGUUGACUCGCCUUGGGUUCAGUGAUCAGCUCCCCACGAAGACUCUUUUGAGGGCAGGAGCUGGCUUACUUUAAGCUAUUUUGAACUCAGUGUUGUUUAUUCUUUAUUUGUCCCCAAAGCUUUUCUCUCUCUAGCAGGUAGCCAAAUGUUAGAGUCUAAAAUUAAGCUCCUAAUCUUGUCUUGGCCUAGACAGCGGGGGCCCACAGCUCCCAGGGCCAGCAGUGACCCCAGGAGCUGCAAUCACUCCUGGGAGCUGGGUUCCUGGCAGAGUCUGGGAGGGAGCCAAAUUCUCAGCAUGGGCUGGAGGAGCAGCUUCGGGUCUCUCCUGAGCAUGGGAGUGCCUGAGCAGUUGUCUGUGCCACUCACAGCCUUGAGUUGCAAGCGUACUUCGUGGAGGCAGCAGAUACUGUCUUGAUAUGCACUGAUGGCUUUAACAGCUCCUAAAGCCCUUGGCAAGAGGGUCUGUGCCCUUCUUGCUCCGCCCCAGCAAGUGCCCAUGGCUUUAUCCAAAACCCCUGUACUCAGGUUUUCUGUCUUCGUAGGACUUCUAGAAACAAGGGAGUCCUUUGUGUGCGUGUGUGUCUGUGGGUGUGCACACAGGAUCUGAAUCUAGCUCUGUCCAAUUACACAUCAAAGGAGCAGAGUCUCUACCUUCCUCCUUUCCUCCCCCAAGACAGUGAAAUGUUUUUCCCCUUGGCUCAGUGUAGUAGUGAGCAAGGCAUUGAGGGUUCAUGUUUGUACCAAGUUUUGCUCUUCACUAUGGCAUUGAAUAAAUAUUCUGCUAAAGCA